CUGUCAGACGUCAGUUCGACAUAGAGCUACACGCAGGCCGAUCGCCUCGCGCCGUCUCGCGACACGCGAACAUCGUCUCACAUGUUCGUCUCCUCCCGAAAAGCAACAUACCCACCCCUCACAAUCGCACGUUCGAUAGUCAUCCCAACAGCGUCCUCAAUGAAAUUAUUGGCCCUAAAUAAAAAGUUUAUCGACCCCAACGCUGGCGCUACAACUAACCCUUAUUCACUCCAGUCACAGUCGCCCCCUCUAAUUAUUGACUCCCCUAAGUUUUGAAAAAUUCUACUCUCAACUCUACCCUUCGCAUUAAUAUUUUUAUUACUCAUGUCUUUCGCUGUCGUGAUAAGCGGAUCACCCAUAACUUUGCGUUAGAUUUCGACACGAUCGGCAGCGCUUCCUUCUUCACUUAUUUCCUGAAUUGACUAAUUAACUGGCAAUGGUGACAAUUAUUUUUUCUUCUUUUUAACUAACCGGAAAGCUCUCGGAUCGUCGAGGCUGUUGUGGGCGUAAAACUAAGUUGCCAAACGGUUUUGCGUCACCGUUAUCUGUAAAUCAGGUCAAUCAAGGCGCACUGAACCAUGACACUGCGUUGACAUUGCCACUUUGAGUGUCUCGUGUGUGAGUGGUAAAUGUGAUAUUUGGUGAUAAGGUAGACCUGAUCUGGUGGAAUUGUGGCGGCAGGGACGUGAGGUGCGCUGCUGCAGCGGAUGUACACGCCGCUGCCGCCGUGGUGGUUCGUGACGGCUGGAAUGCCAGCUGCUCUUGACCUAACUAGGUACAAGAGCGGGGUGCGCUCAGUGAGGGGCGGGGGCGGCGGCGGCGGCGGCGCGGAGGAGGCGCGGCGCGGCGGCCUCAAGGCGCUGCCGAAGCGCGCCCGCACUCGCUGCAGGGGCAUGAACAUGGGGCAAAAGCUGUCCGGCGGUGUUAAGUCGGUGUCGCGCGAGUGCACGGCGCCAUUCAAAGCGGUGGUGGCGCGAGAGCUGGCGCCGGAACCGCCACGACCCGCGCGGCUCGACGCGCUCCUAGACGCGCCGCCCGCGCAUCCAGAGUUACAGCUCAAACAUGCAUGGAAUCCAGAUGACAGGUCACUAAAUAUAUUCGUAAAAGAAGAGGAUGCGUUAACGUUUCACCGGCACCCGGUCGCACAGAGCACGGACUGUAUUAGAGGCCGAGUGGGCUACUCGCGCGGGCUCCACUGCUGGGAGGUGGUGUGGCCGGCGCGGCAGCGUGGCACCCACGCCGUAGUUGGCGUCGCCACCGCGCAUGCGCCGCUACACUCUGUCGGCUACCAGAGCCUGGUCGGCGCCACCGACCAAAGCUGGGGCUGGGAUCUAGGCAGGAAUAAAGUAUAUCACAACGCUAAAGGCACGGGCGGUAGUGGUACGACGUAUCCAGCGUUGCUGCGGCCCGACGAGCAGUUCCUCGUACCUGACCGAUUGCUGGUCGUGUUAGAUAUGGACGAGGGCACACUCGCCUUCUGCGCCGAUGGCCGUUACCUGGGCGUGGCCGCGCGGGGUCUCCGCGGAAACACGCUCUAUCCCAUCGUGUCGGCUGUCUGGGGCCACGCGGAGAUCACCAUGAAGUAUAUCGGUGGCCUAGAUCCUGAGCCGCUGCCACUGAUGGAGCUGUGUAGACGCGUGAUCCGACAGCGCGUGGGGCGGCCGCGGCUGCAGGCGGCGGCCUCGCGGCUGGCGCUGCCGCCUGCGCUCACCGCCUACCUGCUGUACCGCGCGCCCUAGCCACGAAAUGCCCUGCCCCCGCCACCCCCGCCGCACCCCGCGCCACCCGCGCCACCGGCAUCGCCCUCGUACACACCGCCUGCGCCCUAGUCGCACAGGACCUACAGUAUUAACCAGGAAAUAUUACGCGGACAAUUUUAGAAAAAGCUAAUCAACUAACUUUGGUUUUAUAAAACUCAUCUCUGUCACUUGCCAGAUGACGUUUUGUUUCGUCAUGUAGGUACGACAGAGAAAGCUUGCUAAUUAGCUCUUUCUUCAAUCUUUCGUGUAAUAUUUUUGGCCGGAUAAUUACUGUAUGUAAAGAGUGCGAGCUCCGGUCCUUGUUUAAUCUGGAAAGUAGUAAUCAUAAAAAAAAUAAAAUACAGACAAUACUAUGAAUAUUACCACGUAAUGCGAUUAUAAUAAUAUUAGGAACAUUAGUGAUCUCGAUCUGUCUGCAAAGAAAACUAUUUUGCAUACACAAAAGUUAUUUUUAAUAUUAUUUAUCUAAGUCUUAUACGCAAUUAAUAUCGAUGAUGGAAGGUCGUAAUAUGGCGAAAAGUCCACUCGCAUGUUGAUCGCGUUUAUCUUUUGAUAUCCACACUAUUGUCUAUAUUAAUCAUAUUUAUAUGCGACAUUAAUCACUUUCCAGACUGAGCACUGGCUAAAAGCUUACACUCUAUUACGUAGGUCAGCUGUGCCCUAGUGGCGGCUCCGUAUCCUCGGCUGUGACGACCACGAGACGGGCCGAGCGGACGGAACUCUCUCCGCAACAGUGCUCUUGUAUUCCGUACGCGACUCUGACAGUGGAAGUUCGACGUGAUGUUUUACGAGUGCCUCGAUAGACCCCCGUGAGCUCGGGGUCUCAGUGCGAACAUUAUACUGCGAACUGUUUUACAAUAUUAAACAGAGAUAUCGAGGCGACGCAACAAUUGACAUUUCGACGAUCCGUCCGCUUCCUCGUCUACCUAUUAAUGAUAAGUAAAAACAGUAAACACCUGACAUUACAUUUUCUGUCUAAAAUGGUAUUUGUGUUGUAUAAAUUUUUCCAUAGAUCUAUGUUUAAAAGGUGCACGGGGCGAAUGUGUAGCAUGUGUUUCGUGCAGUUGCAACCAGAUGGAGCGGUUCGGGAAACUCGCAUUUGUAACGUAUUUAUACUACACGUUCAGGUCCAAAAACAUUUUAGCAUAUUAAAUAAUUGACAGUCCUCGAAGCUAAUCUUAAUAAAAGUACUGAACACAUAGCGACAAACUAGGUUUACACGAUACGAGAUACGAGGGCUCCGAUAUCAAUCGGUGGCCAUUGUAGGUGUAAUUAUUUUGAGAAUCACUGCAACAAUCCCAUGAAAUAUUCAACGACAUUAAUAUUUUACUUUUAUUUAAAUAUCUGUGAUAAUUAUACUUUAAUGACAAAUUGAAAUUAGCCCAUUGUAACUGAAUGUACCUAAUGCAUAUAAUUAUUUUCUAAUCCAUUUAUCUGUUGCAUUGAUGUCGUAAAUUGUUCGCUUUAUACUUUUGAUGAGUGUUGUAAGUCUGCCGAGCUAUCAGCUGGCAUUUUUCAGUGGUGGGUGAGCAUGGUACUAUUUUGUUACCUAAUUAUUAUGAACGUUUAUUUACGGCACUAUAAGUUAGACUUGGCAUUCUAUUGCUAAUAUUUGUGUUAACAUUGAUCAACUCUAAUGCGAACCGCACGUGUUUAAAGCCAUAUUGAUCUCUUACAAAAUACGAUCUCUGUUUUGACUAUAUGUUUUAGUUUUCGCAGAGAAACGUAUUUUACUUGUUAAGAAAUAAUUUAGAUUGAACAACAGCAAUUAACUCACGAGCCUCGGCAAUUAUAAAAUAACUAUAUUAAUAGAGAUGUCAUUGUUCUUAUAACAAUAGCGAUGCGAUCAAAUGCGAUGCGAGCAUAUCGCACACUAGGCCAGUGUAUCGUUGGCAAUCUUACAUUACUAUUUUAUAGCUCAUUAAGUGACUGGUUUAUUUUUUUAGUUUAGUAUGUCUAAUUCCUAAUGUAAAAACGUGUGAGUGUGUUAUGUAUAUAGUUACGACUAUACGCACUGUAUCCGCAAGUGAAUGUGUCAUCCGGGGAUUAUUUUAGCUGUACAUUUCUGGAACUUAGUAUAUAUUAGAUCGAUAUAUUGCAAAUUAAUAUCUCCUCGUUGUCUUCUUUUGCAACUUUAGACUAAUAGGUAUAAAUGCAAUAAAUUAAUGAAAAUAGUAUUUUCAAAGCACUGUACUAAUCGAAUCGUCAGCCAUUUUGACCCAAAUUAGUUGUAUCUUAACCUUAUAACGAUGUGUAAGUACUUCCAUUUUAAUAAGAUUUUUUCAUAUGUAGAUUGUACGGCAAAGUAGACAUCCCAUGUGGAAAUCACUUUUGUACAAUGUUUGCAUUCACGUUUUAUCUCUCGUCUCAUAUAUAUUGUAUUUUUUACUCGAAUAUAUUUCAGUUGAUAUGAUGGUGGCGGUCUGAGCCGCUUUGCAUUUUGUACCAUGGGGAGUUUAACGUGAAUGUUAACAUUAUUGUAAGAAUGACUUUGAUAAACUGCCAAAUGCGAGGCGUGUGGAUGUGCGAGCGAGUGCAAUGUAGUGUGUGCAGAGUGUGGUUGUGCGCGUGAUGUAUGCGAGUAGUGCAGCGUGUUCGUGUGAUACGUAUUUUGUGCAUUAUAUGCGUUGAGAGGGAUAUUUUCGUUGUAUGAGAGAUAUAAUCAUGAUAAUAUUAAUUACACCAAGUUCGAUGUAAUUUUGACUUGAUCUUUUACGAUAAACCCCUCUGAAACUCCAACGUUCGUUUCGACGUUCACCUUUUAUAUUGUCUAGUUUUCUAUUCUAUCAAGAUUCUGGCCGUGUCUAAAAAAUAGGGGUUUACAGUAAAGGAUUUAAAUACAUAUUAGCAAAAAUAAUCUUCAAAGUCCACAAUUUUAGUCUGUGUAUAUAUAUAUAUUAUAUAUAAAAAUUGAUAUCAUUUUGCCGUAUUGAAUGACUUUAUUAUAAAUGAAAAUGCAUUUUAGUUUUAUAAGUUGUAGGCAAUAUUUUUAAAGGUCAUGAAAUUUCUAAUGGAUAACUGCGACGACAGGAAUCUCUUAGAUACAAUGAUUUAAAAAAAAUAGGAAAACGAUUGGAGUAAAUAUACUGGUUAAGAAAAUAAUAAAUGAUAUAAAUUAAAGAAAAUGA